AUGCUCCGUUCGGUCAUCAACAACAAUGACAGAAGUAAAGGUAAUAGCUGCCACGUCAAAGAGUUGCUCGGUUGCUCCGUGGAGCUCCCACUCGUUUACACCCUAAACUUUCACUCUGUUCUCAUUUUUUAUUGACAAUCAGUAGGAAGUGAAGUGACAAGGGGCGAGAGAACGAAGAAAGAGAGAGAAAAAGAGAGAGAGUUGCAGAAAGUGAGCCGAGCGUCCGCGUGGCGACGGACGACCCGACGUACCAAUCGUACGCCUUCCAGCCGUCCACGUCGACCGGAUCCUCCACAAAUGUCAGGUAUGUCAUCUGCCCCGGGGCCACCAAGUCCUUCUAAUCGAUCCCUUGUGUUCUCUGCCGAUCAUAAGGUCGUUUCGCUCCUCUCGCUUUCGCUUUCUCUUCUCUUUUCCCCCACCCAUUACCUCCUCGUCAGUCGUUUCUCUUUUCGCUUCAACGACUAUAACUUAUCAUCUUUCCGUGAUUUAUGAACAUCAUCAGCCUGUCAAACUAACCUACCACCACGAAGCUUCUCAGUUUGUCUGUGAUCCCAAAGAGCAAGAAGAAGCAGGCACAUGUUUUGAUAUAAACUCUCAAUUAUCCCGCAUGCCGAGACGGACUGCCUCCUUUCUUUUUCACUUUUUAAUAUCCGUCCUCCUUCCUCCUCUUCCUCUCGUUUGUGGCAAUGUAUUUAUCAAUUGAUUCGUUUACAACGCUCUGCCCCUCCGAUCGAUAGACCCUUUUGAAUCCUGUGCGCCACCCGCAACCGACCAUCUGUUCGCGAUUUCUCUGGCACAAUCCGCCACUUGACGUACUAUUUCGGACAUCAAAGAGGAUCCAUUCAGCCCUAAAUUCCCAUUAUUUUCAGUUGGUUCGGUGGCCUUCGGACGAAAUUGUCACAGUUGGGCCUCUUCCCUGAUUGGAUGUCGCAGUUAGGUCUCCGAUCGGAGGACGAAAAAAUGGUGAGUGAAGGGAAAGGGAGGGCAACUCGAGGUGACGAGAUGAUUGAAUGAUUGGUUUGCAGGAGACAUCGACUACGAGUAGUCCUCAGAGCGAGCAGUCGAUCGGAGAGUACGACGAGAGCACGCUCGUGUUCCGACCAGUUCAGUUGGAUCAGUGCGGCCAGGAGGACGAAGGCGAGCAGACUGAUGUAAGAACUGAGAUUGUGAGUGUGGAGUCCAAUGCUCAUUUCAGAUAUGGGACUUUGGAGCGACUUUUCUGGCUGACCUCGAUUCGAGUCAUGUCUGGAAUGAUACAAUAGAACGGCAGCACUUUGGACCAUUGAGGGAUCUGAUAACAACUGGAGGAAAGGGCAAUAAGACGAGCAACCACAACUUCAAGGUUCAUCCGCUUCUCCAUCCGACUUGGUGCGACAAAUGUGGCGACUUCAUCUGGGGAAUUCUGAGGGAAGCACUCAAAUGCGAACGUAAUACCUUCCCGGUCUAUUUGAUCUCUCAAUUCCCCGUUUUCAGACUGCAGUUACACGUGCCACGCCAGAUGUCGCGACCUGGUCACUCUGGAUUGCCGCUCGCCUGGAAGCUCUCUCGCUUCUUCAUCUGAAUUCGAUUCCAUCUACCCCCAACUGGACGGAACUCUCGGAACCAUUCCGAAAGGACUGAUCCUCCCACCUGCAAUGAGUUCGAGCACUGGAUCCGACAAAGAAAACGGCAACACUCCAAGCACGUCCGCAGAGAAUCCGAUUUUUUCUGCGAAGAGUUCAUUCACUCUGCCAAAGUCUUUUUCUCCCAUGGACAGUCUCAAAAAAGAGCCGAGUGCACCGCCAGAGUCCAGACACUCGACACUUCGCGUGAUCGAGAGAUACGUGAAAGAAGACACGCCGUUCGAAUGGACCGACGAGUACAAGGAAAUGGAUUUGCAACGGAAGAUCGAAGCCUACAACUCUGUGGCGAAGGGAAUGGAAAUCAGUUUGCACGAGGACGGAGAGACGUUCGGAGGACACAUCCACGUGCACAUGAACCUGAGUCGACCCAUAAAUGUAGUGCAGGGAGUGAUGCCUCCGACUGUCUACGACGUGGUCAACACUGCCAAAUCCACUGCGAAAACGACGUCUCUGAGAACGAUCACUUCGUUCUUCUUGCCCAGAAACACGUCGAAAGUGAUCAACAUCGACAGUAAGACGACUGCUCGCAAGAUGAUUGUGACCCUUCUGAAGAAGUUCCGCGUGGCCGACAACCCUCGCAAGUUCGCCCUUUACGAGUGCGAGCAGCAAACUGACGAGUCCGCGUGUACCCUCAACAGUGAGUCAUCCUCCGUCUGCUUCUGACAUUAUUCUAUUCAUUUGCAGGAAAGCUAACAAGAAUUUCCGACGACGUGUGCCCACUCAAAGUGGUCUUGAACUGGCCGAGCCCACAUUGUGGAAAGGCGCUCGUGUUGCAAGAAAAUGACACUGGCGACAUUCUGGUACGCUUUCCUUCUUUCUCUUUUCUUUUUCGCUGAUUGCGAGAAGGCAUGACAAAUUGGAUGAGAGACUGCGAGACUCAGACACAAACUUUCUUUUGCAGUGGGAUGCCUUCGAAAUUCCCGAAUUGGAGAACUUUUUGCGCAUUCUGGGGAUGGAAGAGAAGCAGUACAUCUAUCAGACGCAGCAGAAAUAUCAGCAGUACCGGUGAGUUGCAACACGUGAUUAGGGAAUGAAACAACAAAUAUUGACGCAUACGCUAACACACUUGAGCGCCAGAUUUUUUCAGGUAUCAUCUGGAUGCGGAACUCCGUCAAAGAGGCCACGUCGUUCCGGAAUCGGAGACGCAGCAGCUGAUCCAGACAAACCCGUUCCUGGAUGAAGACGUGAGAAACUAGAAAGGAAAUGAAUGGCAAUUUAUCUAUUCUCUUUCAGUUUUUACGAAACCAAGACGAAUACGGAACUUCGGACAGUAUGCUUUUCUCUGGAACCAUCAAGAAUGCGAUGAUGGAGGAUCCAGAUUAUGUGAAUCUCGAGUUUUUGAAGAAACAGAACAUGGACCAAUCCACAAACUUGUAG